GCUAACUUCAGAAUCAUUGAAAUUCAUUGUCUGCUACAUUCACACUCAUGCAAGACGCCAUUAAAAUCGUCAAACUAUAACAUAUCGAGAUAAAAGAAUCACGCACUCAUUCAUUUGUGCGACAUAAACUGAUUUCAACACAGAAUCUAUUUUUUUAAAUAUUGGUUUAAAUAUUAUUUAAUACAAUGGAAAGAUGUUACUUUAUGGGUAGUAAACAAACAACCAUUUUUCAAUGGAAAAUAGGUGACUUUCCUUUAAUCAUGAAAUAUUCUAUGAACAAUCAAGAUGCUCAUACAAUCCUUUCACCGGACUUUCCAUCUGACUGGAAGUCCAAAUGGGAAUUAAAAUUGAAGUUCAAUAAUGAUACAAAGUCGGAAGAAAAAGAAUGGAUAUCAAUAUUUCUUAACUCAAGAUCCAGGACUGAUAACCCAACAUUUAAAGUAAAAUAUUCGCUCUUUAUUUUAGAUAAUGAAAAAGAAAAAAAGUUUGAAAAUGAACUAUACAAAGUUUUUAUAAAAAAUGAAGAUUUUUUCAUUCCAAAGUUUCUUGAAGUGAAUCAAUUACUAGAAAAAAAAGAUACACUGCUACCCGAUAAUGCAUUGACAAUUUGCAUUGAGCUCACUGAGUUUACUGAAAGUUCUUGUCUUAAUUCACCCAUCAUUAAAAUUCCAUUAAAAACUUCGGAUCAUCAAAUUGUCCACGAUUUGAAAGAUCUUUUUGAUAGUAGAGCGGGUAGUGAUGUUGAACUAGUUGUGGGAGAUAUGAGAAUUCCAGCUCACAAAACUUUGCUUAUGACUCGAAGCCCUGUAUUUUCUGCAAUGUUUAUAUAUAAGCUGAAAGAAAACAGAGAAAAUAAAGUUACUAUUCCUGAUAUGGAUCCUGAUACAUGUGAAAAACUGUUAGAAUUUAUUUAUACGGACAAUGUUACUAAUAUUGAUGAAGUUUCUGAACGUUUAUAUGAAGUGGCAGAUAAGUAUCAGUUACCAACUCUUAAAGAGUUAUGUGAAGAAUCAUUUUGUAAAAACGUAAACGUUGAAAAUGCUAUUCAAUAUCUCGUUUUACUUGACCGUCAUAAUACUCGUGGGGAAUUUUUUAAGUAUAUCCUUGAUUUCAUCGCAAUCAAUUCCAAAAAAAUUAUUGAAACCCCGGAAUUUAAAGCCUUGGAAAAAAGUCAUACAGAAUUAUUAAUGACCAUAGUAACAAAAAUUUGCAGUAGCAAAUAAAAAAAACAGAUCAACAUCUUGAUAAUUCAAUACUGUGACAAAAACUGAAUGUUUUUUAAAUUUUUUACUAUCAGUUGUAAUCCCUAAUUUUGACCUUAAUUUAAAUUUUAUUUUUACUUUUUUACAAUUACUGUCGUUCCAACAAUAUAUUAAUUACACUAAUAUAAUCAUUAACAUCUUUUAGUUGAUGCU